AUGCGGGCACUGAUUUUGUACGAGUCCAACGGCGUAACCGACCAGGCUGAGGCCGAGAAGCAGUACGAGGACUCUUGCCGCGUGUACCAGGCAUCCAGCCCUGACGAGGUGGCCCUGGUGCAGUGGACCGAAAGAGUGGGCCUGACGCUGGUGGGCCGCGACCAGUCUUCCAUGCAGCUGAGGACCCCUGGUGACCAGAUCCUGAACUUCACCAUUCUGCAGCUCUUCCCGUUCACCUACGAGAGCAAGCGCAUGGGCAUCAUCGUGAGGGAUGAGUCAACGGGCGAGAUUACGUUUUACAUGAAGGGGGCGGAUGUUGUCAUGGCAGGCAUCGUGCAGUACAAUGACUGGCUAGAGGAAGAGUGUGGCAACAUGGCCCGGGAAGGGCUGCGAGUGCUCGUGGUAGCCAAGAAGUCUCUGGCAGAGGAGCAGUACCAGGACUUUGAGGCCCGCUAUGUGCAAGCCAAGCUGAGUGUACACGACCGCUCACUCAAGGUGGCCACGGUGAUCGAAAGCCUGGAGAUGGAGAUGGAGCUGUUAUGCUUGACCGGGGUGGAGGACCAGCUGCAAGCCGACGUGCGGCCCACCCUGGAGACCCUGAGGAACGCCGGCAUCAAGGUUUGGAUGCUGACCGGGGACAAGCUGGAGACUGCUACAUGCACAGCGAAAAACGCCCACCUGGUGACCAGAAACCAGGAUAUUCAUGUCUUCCGGCUGGUGACCAACCGAGGCGAAGCCCACCUGGAGCUGAAUGCCUUCCGCCGGAAGCACGACUGUGCCCUGGUCAUCUCUGGGGACUCCCUGGAGGUUUGCCUCAAGUACUACGAAUAUGAGUUCAUGGAGCUGGCCUGCCAGUGUCCGGCCGUGGUCUGCUGCCGCUGCGCCCCCACCCAGAAAGCCCAGAUUGUACGCCUGCUACAGGAGCGCACUGGAAAGCUCACCUGUGCUGUAGGUGACGGGGGCAAUGACGUCAGCAUGAUCCAGGAGUCCGACUGCGGUGUGGGCGUGGAAGGCAAGGAGGGGAAACAGGCUUCGCUGGCGGCCGACUUCUCCAUCACGCAGUUCAAGCAUCUUGGCCGCUUACUCAUGGUGCAUGGUCGGAACAGCUACAAGCGGUCGGCGGCCCUCAGCCAGUUCGUGAUCCACAGGAGCCUGUGCAUCAGCACCAUGCAGGCCGUCUUCUCCUCCGUGUUCUACUUCGCCUCUGUUCCUCUCUAUCAAGGAUUCCUCAUCAUCGGGUACUCUACCAUCUACACUAUGUUUCCUGUGUUCUCCCUGGUCCUGGACAAAGAUGUCAAGUCUGAAGUUGCCAUGCUGUAUCCCGAACUCUACAAGGACCUCCUCAAGGGACGGCCAUUGUCCUACAAGACUUUCUUAAUAUGGGUUUUAAUCAGCAUCUACCAAGGGAGUACCAUCAUGUACGGGGCACUGCUGCUCUUCGAGUCGGAGUUCGUGCACAUCGUGGCCAUCUCCUUCACAUCGCUCAUCCUCACCGAGCUGCUCAUGGUGGCGCUCACCAUCCAGACGUGGCACUGGCUCAUGACCGUGGCCGAGCUGCUCAGCCUCGCCUGCUACAUUGCGUCCCUGGUGUUCCUUCACGAGUUCAUCGAUGUGUACUUCAUAGCCACGCUGUCAUUCCUGUGGAAGGUGUCUGUCAUCACGCUGGUCAGCUGUCUCCCCCUCUACGUCCUCAAGUACCUGCGAAGGCGGUUCUCCCCGCCCAGCUACUCGAAGCUCACGUCCUAGCCUGGGCACUCAGCAGAGGGGACCAUGGUCUCCGUGCUUCCUGGAUGGCUCGAGUUCAAGUUCUGCUCCCGUUCCCGCCCCUCCGUUGGUUUUGCAGUGUUUGCUGACACGUGCAGUUUUUUGGUGUGCUGGGGCUCCGCACUGACAAGGGCCUGGCACCCUGUAAACAGAGGGAGGUUCCUGACGGGUGCCCCACCCCCACUGCCAGCACCCCCAGAUGAUCAGCAAUGAAUGUGAAAACACCACGGCGGGGGCUCAGUUGUGAGACUGAG